GAGGCGUGGCCGCGGCGACGUCACUGGGUGGCGGGCUGAGUACGGGCCCGUGUCUGUGAGCGAGCGGUGGCGGGGCGACUGCGAGAGGCCGUGGAUUGUUUUUCUACAUCUCGUCUGCACACUCUCCAUUGCAUUCACAUCAGAAAGGUUCACAAUAUUCCGGCUAAGAUCUAACAAGUAUCUGACCUAAGAAGACCUAACUUUUCUAUUUGCAGUUCUUUAGCAAAGGCACAUUUUGAUACUUCUGUUUCAACAAGAGAUGUGAUGAGCAAUUCUACGAAAAAGACUUUGAAUUUUAAAUGUUGGAGGCCAGCUUGAAUGAUGGCGACUGAUUCUAAGGGGAAGAGAAGGGGUUCGAGACAACCAAAAUGUGCUUUCUGUAAACUGAAUAAAGAGGAGCAUUGUGGCCAGUUGUUAGUAGCCCAAAGCCAGAAGAUGGCAGCACAUCACAAAUGUAUGUUAUUUUCAUCUGCUCUAGUGACCUCUCAUUCUGAGAAUGAGACUCUUGGUGGCUUCUUGCUUGAAGAUAUCAAGAAAGAAAUAAAAAGGGGAAACAAGCUGAGCUGCUCUUGCUGUCACCGCCCAGGAGCAACUAUUGGAUGUGAUGUGAAAACUUGUCGUAGAACAUAUCAUUAUUAUUGUGCAAAGCUUGAUAAAGCCCAGAUCAAGGAAGAUGCGUCACAGGGCAUAUAUCUGAUCCUCUGUCAGAAACACAAAGAAGGUGCUGAGGAUUCCAAUGAAGAUGGGCUCCAAGGAAACCUAAGUGAGUGUUCCCCAGGUCCUCGCAAAGGCGCUCAGAGAGUACACAGAGAAAAACGGAGAGCUCCAAACUCGAAAGAUGAGUCGGAUGAUGCUAUGUCCACAUCCUCUCAAGGGAAAGAUGAAACCAGUUGCAGUUCCUAUAGAGAACGGUCUCCUCACUGCAGUAGUCCCACAAUUACAGGGCCAAAGUGUGGGUUUUGUCAUGCUGGAGAUGAAGAAAAUGAAACUAGAGGAAAACUCCACACGUCAAAUGCUAAAAAGGUUGCCGCACAUUACAAAUGCAUGCUGUUUUCUUCUGGUACUGUCCAACUCACAAAUUCAUCUAGAAAAGAUUUUGGUGAUUUUGAUAUUAAAACAGUCAUUCAAGAAAUCAAGAGGGGAAAAAGAAUGAAAUGUACAUUGUGCAGUCAAAUAGGCGCAACCAUUGGGUGUGAAAUAAAGGCUUGCAUCAAGACUUACCAUUACCACUGUGCUGUUGAAGAUCGAGCCAAAUUUAUUGAGAAUCUUGACCGAGGGAUCUACAGGCUAUACUGUAAAAACCACAGUGGGAAUGAUGACCGGGAUGAGGAGGAUGAAGAAAGGGAAAGCAUCUCACGCUAUGGCAAAGAGCAAGAAGCUGAUCGUAAUCGAGAGGUCUUAGAAGAGAAAAAUUAACCGAGCCUUGGAUACAAGAAAGUGCCAAGAAAAUGCCUGUGGAUUGAUUGGAUGAGGCUGGUACAUUGUGCUCAAGACGAUAAAGGACUUGAAGCGUAGAAAAUAUCCAAAGAUCUUUCAAGAAAUCUCUUUAUUCUGUCAAUGUUCCUCUUAAGGAAGAGAAACAGUGUAGUGAAAUAGCACGGCUAAUAUACCUGCUUUUUUUUGAUGGGGAGAUUCCAUUAAAUGGAUUAUUUAGAAUAUCUUUUAUUACAGCCUUCUGAAUUAAAAUGGAAAUAAUUUGAUUUGCUGAAUUUGUGAUUAGAUGGCACAAGCUGACCUGAUACAUCUUUGCAUAAUGAGGGCCUUGAAGGAGCAACACCUUAACACACUCGUGCAUGUGCCUUCGGGUGCUUCUGGACUUCAACAUCAAGAGGAGCUCAAAAAUAAAGGCUGAAAUUAAAACCAAUAUCUAGCAUAAGGUAUUUUGACCACAUCUUGAUUAGCAAACAGUGGGUACAAUAUGUAUUGAUGGUUUCAAGCCAAUUCUGAGUAGAUGAAUCUACAUAAUGGGACGACCCAGCUCUCAGUCCUAAUGCUGACUUAUGCUCGUAACAGCCAGAUAUCUGACUGGGAAUGGGUUUGUCCUCCAUUUUGCAUUGCACCAUCUGGAAGCAACUGGUAAAAGUCUAGGAUGCAAUGAGAUGCAUCAGUUCACAGGUGGUGGUGUCCCCCUUUGAACAGCAUACGAAUGGCAUUUUUAAAAUUCAAAGUAUAAUGAAACUUCUUCAGAAAUGUCUGACUGAAGCUGCACUCUGUGCAAAUACCAGUCCCUGACUUGGUCAGCUAAUCACGGCCUUGAUGAACAUACUGGUACAAAUGGCAUUGUCAGUGAAAUCAUGGUUUGGUUUCAAUAUUCAAGUCUGUGUUAAAUGUUAUAAUGGAAAUGAAUGGUUUUUACUAUUGCUAGGUUCAUAUCACAUUAUUUCCAUCUUAAUUUUCUUCCUGUGAUUGUAGUUUCCCUUAUCAAAGUUAGGGCUUCAGAAUAAAAGUUUAGGAUUAGAUUGUUUCUGAUUAGUAAACAAUGUUGUUUAUAGUCUGGUACCUUUUUCAUAUAUUCCCUCUCAAUGUAUAAAGUAGCUGCCAGGAGGAAAUAUUAAAUUUACAUGAGAUGUCACUGUGUCAGCAGUGGGUGUGCUGUUCUCUUUUGCUCUAAAUCAGUUGUUUUUGGAUCUGGAUGGCUAAACAUUUUAGAAAUGAAUAUUUUAUGUAAUUUGAUGCCAAAAUGCAUCUGGUUGUUGAAUGCCCUUCAUUUGUAUGUCUGCUCAACAGCUUAUCCAGCUGGGUGUUUUUAUAUGUUGGUUUUACCAGCAUUUUAUACCACACAUUCUUGGUCUAAAUCAUUGUUUCCUAUGAAUUGCUUUAUUUUUCCAUAGUGUACCAUAAUUAAUAUCAGGCAGCAUGUCAUCCAUGGUUUAUUGUGCCCUAUUUUGUGGUCUUUAACCAAAAUAGCUCAGAAACAUUGUUUUCCAAAACAAUUCUAUACUGUCCAAAAAUCGUUACUUGCCUUUUUUUAAGAAAUUGCACUACAGAAGAGACAAGCUCAGUGUCAGUACAAUGCAGCAAGGCAACAAAUGGAAUAAGUCCACAUUCUAAUUUUAGCAUUUUUAAGAAAAAUAUCUGAUUGUAAGCAUUGACUUUAAACAAAAAAGUCCUUCAAAGAAAAAUUUUGCUUGUUAGAAUAGAUUUUGCUGUGAUCCACUUCUAAUAGUUAUUCCAAGUUAUGUGCAAGUCUCUUCAACAGAUCAGAAUUAAAGGCCUUUGAAAUUAAUAGUUGCGUGGUAGUAAAUAUCUUAUGUUUGUAAGAGACACACUGAGCUUGUUUCAUCUUGACUCAUCAAAGUUAGAUCAACAAUGUAAAUUUGACUGGAAGCAGCAGUUUGUACCACAUGAGAAAAGAGUGCUAUUUAUGUGCAGUUCCCUACUUGUGUAUAACUUUCAGUGUACUUAAUGCUCCCUGAACUCUGAACAGGACAGCAAUAUGACCAGGCAUUGUGCCUUUUACAAUAAAAACUUGGAGGAUAACUGUUUCCUUGUGAAUUCUCCAUUACAAUACCUUGACUAAUCAGCCCACUUCCCAACAAAUAGUGUCACGUUCCUCUAGCUAUGUAAGUUGUUCACUCUGAAGUUUGAUAUGCUUGCACCUCUUCUGAUGAUGCAAAAUGAAGAGCUUCAACAAAGUACUGAGUUGCUGACCUUUUAAAAUAAGUUCUUAGGCAUUCCUUUGCUUUCCUCAUUUCUGUUGAAGCGCCAGUACUGAUGUAGGUCAGCUAAUUCGCAUAUCCUGCUUGUGCUAACUCCAGAGUGCCUCAAGCCCCAGCAAGGCUCCAGCUUUAACCUUUGGACCAGUUGAAAAACAAAAUGUUUGCUCUUGUAACUCCAGUCAAUUCUUGUCUUUUUCUAAUACAUCAGAUCUAGCAGCUGAUUGCAGUCACUUAAACCUUUGAGUGAUCAGGGAUGCACAGGCUGAAGGGCCUCCUGUUCCUAUUUGAGGGGUAUUUAUUUUUCCAAUUUACUUCCAUUCAAUGGUGGUCAUUUUAUUUGGAAUGUUGCAAUGGUGGGGAUAGAAAAUGCAUUCCUUAACUUUUCCUAGUCCGAGAACUGUAAAUAUUGUAUUUGCUGAGAUAGGUUAAAAAUACGGGGGAGACCAUUUAGGACAGAGAUGAGGAGAAACUUCUUCACCCAGAGAGUGGUGGCUGUGUGGAAUGCUCUGCCCC